AUGGAUCGCCAGAAGCAUGUCAGCCCGGACCCUUGUGGUCCUCAGGUGCAGCCUGGACCCUGUGCGUUAAUGGGACCCGGUCCAGGUUUACCUCCACAGCUCACAAUCCAGGAACCGCCUCUCAUCAGCCCUCCAGAGGUGCUCAAGAAGCCGUCCGGACUGAGCCCCACGCCGGCCGUACGUGCACCUGCAAAAGACCAGAUGCGGUCAGGAGAGGCGAAGUCUGGGUCCACUUCAGCGACGCUGGCGAGCAUCAGCCGCCCGAGACCGACUGCUCUCGGAACUAAACCGUCUCCAAAGCCGACCAGAAUCGCUCUGGACCACUCGCUCUGGAAGGAAAUAGAUCUGAUCCCUGUUAACAUCCCAGGACCUCAGAGUGCCAACGCCCUGCCACACUCUCCCACAGAGUCCACGUUACCUGCUCACAGUCCUCAGAGCCCCCACAGCCCUCAGACCUACCUGAGCCCUUCUCCCAGCCUGCCUCAGCCCAGCACCAACCUGCCCUCCAGCCUCAGCCCCAAGUCCAGCCUCAGCCCUCAGCCGCAGAGGACGCCCUCGCCCGGGAGCUCGACCCAGAGCCUGGCUCAGUCCGACAAGUCAGAGGGAGAGAACAAUGACUUCAGGGUCCACAUCGUCACAUGGAACGUGGGAUCAGCUGUCCCGCCAGAUGACAUCACUUCUCUGUUUGGACCAAAUGUUUCAGAUGGGAACAUUGACAUGUUUAUCAUCGGACUCCAAGAAGUCAACUCCAUGAUAAACAAGAGGCUGAAGGAUGCUCUUUUUUCAGACCAGUGGAGCGAGCUCUGCAUGGACACGCUCAGUCCUUUCGGCUACGUUCUGGUGGCGUCCCAGAGAAUGCAGGGCGUGCUGCUGCUGGUUUUCUCUAAAUUCUGCCAUCUUCCAUUCCUCAGAGGUGUGCAGACGGAGAGCACUCGCACAGGACUGGGGGGAUACUGGGGGAACAAAGGGGGCGUCAGCGCCAGGAUGACGAUGUUCGGACACCCGGUGUGCUUCCUCAACUGUCACCUGCCGGCUCACAUGAGGAACCUGGAGCAGCGGAUGGAGGACUUUGAAAGCAUCCUUCAGCAGCAGCAGUUUGAGGGAGGGACAGCGACCGGCGUGCUGGACCACGAUGUCGUGUUUUGGUUUGGGGAUUUGAAUUUCCGUAUCGAGGACUAUGACAUCCACGUGGUGAAAUGUGCCAUAGACAGCAAUAAGCUGCCUCUGCUGUGGGAGCGGGAUCAGCUCAACAUGGCUAAAAACACAGAGUCCAUCCUGGAGGGCUUCAUCGAGGGGCCGCUCAACUUCCCCCCUACAUAUAAGUUCGAUGUGGGCACUCAUACGUACGACACCAGUGCUAAGAAGAGGAAACCUGCCUGGACAGAUCGCAUCCUCUGGCGCCUUCGUCGCACCGGUUCCCCAGUUCCUACCCACAAUGCAGCGCUGCAGCGGGGUCUGACCUCAUGGUUGGGGGGCGCGACUAAAGUGACACAACAUGUGUACCGAAGUCACAUGGGCUUCACCAUCAGUGACCACAAACCUGUUUCUGCUCUGUUUUCGCUGCACUUCCCAUUUAAGGUGGGGAUGCCUCUGGUGGAGCUGCAGGUGAACAAGGAGUGGUCCAAAGUCUCAGAUGCUACAGUCAGAUUCACCGUCGCGUCAACUUAUCAGCGCAGCUCAUGGGACUGGGUCGCAAUAUACAAGGUUGGAUUCAGGCAUCACAAAGAUUACCAGGCGUAUGUGUGGGCCAAAGGAGAGCAUGCAACACAGGUGACGUUCUCGGAGGAGGAUUUGCCAAGAGACGACUGUGAAUACAUCCUGGGUUACUACAGUAAUAACAUGAACAGUAUUGUCGGAUUGUCGUCACCAAUUCAGAUCAGGAUGCCCGUCCACAGCCCCACCGUGUGCCGCUCCGAGAGCUCCGACGUCAGCUCCGAAGACGACAGCACCCUGGUCCUGCUGGCUCCCAACUCCCGCAGCCCGAGCCCCAAAACCGGCAAACACCACCACCGCCACCGUCGCAGCCGCAGCCCUGCCGUUCCCUCCCUUUCGUCCAACCCCCUCCCCUCCCUGCAGGGACUCAGCCUCUGUCCUCGCUCCAAAGACAGCCAGACGAGAAGCCGCUCGCCCUGCUCCGCCUCUAAGAAGGAGCGUCUGGUCUCCCCCGACACUGUGCCGUCUCCCACCGUCAGCCCGCUCACCCCUCGCAGCCCCGUGUCUCCGGGCGGCGGCGUGACUGCGCCCGAGGCCCUGAUCGCUGCCAUCUUGGGUGAACCCAGACCAGCUCAGGUUAGCCCCACGGGGGUCAAACACAUAGGGAAGGCAGGGGAAACAGACGCUGCAAAGAACAUGAAGAUCAAGAGCUAA